AUGCACGAGACGCUAUUACCACAUUUAGUUGUCCCCUGUGAUCCUCCCGUCGGUCAUGCUCCUAUUUGCAAGAUUCACACAGAUCUUCCGAAUUCAGCCGAAAACCAUCACCUAUUUACUCCCACUCAAGUUCCGUUUGGAGUCGAAUCAAUUGUCAAUGUUUUAUACAAGUGGCAGCCAGAAAAUGGUAUUUGUGACUGGAGCCGAACAAUGGCCAGCAAGCCGCAAGAGGAGACUGCUCCCACAAUGUUCGGUCUGUCCACAGGGAACGUGUUCACACAAGACCAAAACAACAAAAAGAUCCUACAGGUAUCGGGAAAUGAGGUUCAGCUGCCUCCGGUUAGGAGGAAUGAAAAUCCCUUUGAUGAGAAUGGUGUUGAGAGACACGCGCUAACAAAUACUGAUGGUUCGGUAGCCAGUGAGUCUUCAAAUCCCCCAGCACUUCCUCCAUGGUGGUCCUUACUGAUGGGCUAUACUUCCACACUCCUCGGAUCACCAACAUCAACAAUAGACAAUGUACAACAGGCCCUGAUGUACCUCCGUCUUUGGAACACUCUUCUUGCUCACUUUAAUCCACUCGAUGAACAUUCUCAGACGGUACCGGGUGGUGUAGCUGAAGGAAACCCGCAAUUAUCAGCGGACAGAACGUCUUCUCAGCUACCCAUAAGUUGGAGUGGUCAGUCCACCCCUUUGGACUUGGCUGCACCACGAAGGGAACGAUUAGACACCGAGGUUCAGACUGGACACAAGACUAAUAUGAUCACUGGACACUCUCGCCCAAAAAUGUUUACGGACAUAGGUGGUGUUAGCAUACCAGAGCUGCGUUCCAGUAGCUGUGGAACUCUGUUGGAUGCCUUCAAAUCCCCUUCUCAAGACACAGGUCCUGUGACCCAAGUCAGUUUGAUUUCAUCUUGUCCUGCAGUACAACAAAGCACUUCACUGCUCGGGAACCAUCCUUCUACGCCCGGAUCCACACCGCGCUCAAGUUAUAAAUGCUCUCAUUGUGGUCGUGGGUUCAGCAAGGCGUACAAUCGUACAAUACACGAACGAACACAUACAGACGAACGUCCUUUUAGCUGUUCUGUUUGUUCCCGCAGGUUUCGUAGAAAGGAUCAUCUCCGUGAUCACAGGUUCUUAUUCGCCCUGGGAGUCAAACUGCGUUGA